CAGUCAUUGGUGUCUAUAGCGCCCUCUAUCGAUACCAUUCCGAAAUUCGGAGGUGUACCCGAACGCAGCAUCAUUCGUGUGUCCACUGUCUCGUGAGUAGCUGCUAGCUAGCACGUUAGUUGACGCUAAAUAACCGGAGCCGGAGUACAGACGCAAGAUGGCAGAGAAUGACGUUGAUAAUGAACUUCUGGACUACGAGGAGGACGAGGAGCCCCAGGGACUCCCAGAGAGCGGUACCCCUGCCAACAAGAAGGAGGUGAAAGGGUCCUAUGUAUCCAUCCACAGCUCGGGAUUCAGAGACUUUCUCCUCAAACCAGAGCUGCUCCGCGCCAUUGUUGACUGUGGUUUUGAACAUCCUUCAGAAGUUCAACAUGAGUGUAUUCCCCAAGCUAUCCUUGGCAUGGAUAUUCUGUGUCAGGCCAAGUCUGGUAUGGGAAAAACGGCUGUGUUUGUGUUAGCCACGCUGCAGCAAAUUGAACCUGUGGAUGGCCAGGUGUCUGUUCUUGUGAUGUGCCACACACGUGAACUGGCCUUCCAGAUUAGCAAAGAGUACGAGCGCUUCUCCAAGUACAUGCCCAGUGUCAAGGUGUCUGUGUUCUUCGGCGGCCUGGCUAUCAAGAAGGACGAAGAUGUCUUGAAGAAGAACUGCCCUCACAUUGUUGUAGGAACCCCCGGCCGCACACUGGCCCUCAUUCGUAACAAGACUCUCAGUGUGAAGAACAUCAAACACUUUGUGCUUGAUGAGUGCGAUAAGAUGCUGGAGCAGCUGGACAUGAGGCGGGACGUGCAGGAAAUCUUUAGACUGACGCCUCACGAGAAGCAAGUUAUGAUGUUCAGUGCAACACUAAGCAAGGAGAUCCGUCCAGUCUGCCGCAAGUUCAUGCAGGAUCCCAUGGAGGUGUUUGUGGACGAUGAGACCAAACUGACUCUGCACGGCUUACAGCAGUAUUACUGCAAGCUGAAGGACAGCGAGAAGAACAGAAAGCUGUUUGACCUUCUGGAUGUACUCGAGUUUAAUCAGGUGGUGAUCUUUGUCAAGUCUGUGAAUCGUUGUGUUGCCCUGUCCCAGCUGCUGGUGGAGCAGAACUUCCCUGCUAUAGCCAUCCACAGGGGGAUGACACAGGAGGAGAGAUUAUCCCGGUACCAGCAGUUUAAAGACUUCCAGAGGCGGAUCUUGGUGGCCACCAACCUGUUCGGCCGAGGCAUGGACAUCGAGAGAGUCAACAUUGUCUUCAACUACGACAUGCCUGAGGAUUCUGAUACAUACCUUCACAGAGUGGCCCGGGCAGGCAGGUUUGGAACCAAAGGCCUGGCCAUUACCUUUGUUUCAGAUGAAGCCGACGCCAAGACCCUGAAUGAAGUCCAAGACCGCUUUGAGGUCAAUGUAGCUGAGCUACCUGAUGAGAUCGACAUCUCCUCCUACAUUGAACAGUCCAGAUGAGUCUGCCGUCUGCUACCAGUAAACACUGUCCGUGAUGACUGUUGUUGUUACUAUAUUGUUGGCAUAAGGGGAAAACUGAAGAAAAAUCCAUAUUUGUUUAAAUAUACCCCUUCCAACAUAAAUGUAGUCAAGUUCAAAAGGCAUUUUUUUAAUUUUCCUUGUGUCUUUGCAGAGUGCUUGUUUUAGUGUUUACCUUGUUGAAACCAUAUUUUCAAAAUAUUGUUUUGGUUAAAUAAAUACAUUUUUUGUAACUUA